AUGUUGAUUGCCAACUACCCUGGCUUAACCCAGGCCGCUACGGUGGAAGCGUUGGAACUUCAAAAUGAAGAAAUUAUGCAAGAUUAUAAGCGAGGCACUUGGACCCAAGAGGAAGAUGAGUUAUUACUGGCCGGUAUCAAAAAGUAUGGCUAUGGUCGCUGGAAAGAUAUCGCCAAUACCAUUCCCGGUCGAAAAGGCAAGCAACUGAAGCAACGAUGGGAUAACACGCUGGCGUCCAAGUAUGUCGAUCGAGAAUGGCUACAAAACAAAAUCCGAAAUGAUGAGGAACUUCAAAACCAGCAACAUCAUCAUCAUCUUCCACAUCAGCAGAAUAACGAUAUCCAGGAUGCCACGUCGUUUUCUGCAGCAAGUACGCCCCGUCCGGUCGAUACGAACAAAGAUGAUUUGGAGGACAAGACUAUGAAGUUGUUUGAAUCGAUGAACUGGAAUGACAUUGCGCAGAAGAUUGCGGAAAAAGUGAGAGACCGGGAUCAGGAAGCGACCGAGGCUUUACUAUCUCAGUUACUGCUAGGAACGGUGGGUCAUACCGUGUCCAACUCGACAUCCACACCGACUACCGCGACACCGACGGCUGCAGCUACAGCUCCCAGUUCACCGGCUCUUGCUUCGGACGCUUCUCCUCUUGCUACUCCUACCACCGAACAGUCCAUAUCUCUUCCCACUGUGAACUCGGGCGCCAAUGCUAACACGGCUCCGACACUGAAUUUUGCAGAUGCAGCGGCCGUCGCUUUGUACGCUCAACAAUUGAGUCAGCAUUCGACCCCGUCGUCGGAAAGGGAUAAUCCCUUGUCGUCCUCUUCCCUGGUCGCUCUCGCGAAUCACCCUUACUUCCUGUCCAAUCCGUUUGGUCAUGCGGGCAAUGACAACGCUGUGGCAGUUGCCGCCGCCGCCGCUGUAGCUGCUGUGGCUCAAGCCGGUGGGGCAGUCCCAGGGUUAUCAUCCGGCAGUAACUAUAGUACACCGUCGUCUCCGGCUUCUCGCAAUGCCACAGCAGGACAUAAACGACGACGAUCCGAUCCUGCUUUGGCCGAAACCCAGUCGGCAGCCAUGUCGAUUUAUGCUUCUUCAGCGCCCAUCACUACGACCAUUAAUAACUCCACACAAACCGUCUAUCCUUGUCUGUUCCCCAACUGCGGCAAAACUUUCCAACGUCUGUAUAAUCUCAAGAGUCAUUCGAGAACCCACACCGACGAUCGUCCUUUCACCUGCCACGUAUGUCAAACGGCUUUCAGUCGCAAUCACGAUUUGAAACGUCAUGUCAAAAUUCACGGAGGUGACAAACCUUACAAAUGCUUGGGUUGCGAUAAAACCUUUUCCAGAUUGGAUGCACUAAAACGCCAUAAAAGUAAUCAACGUAACAAGACCGCCUGUAUGAACCCCUAA